AUGCUGUCCGCGCCGUGUCGGCAGGCCCACGGUCUGCGGCGCCACCACCGCCUGUGGCGCAACGUGACGUCGCUGGACUCGCGCGCGGCGCUGCUGCGGCUGUACGCCGAGCUCGACGGGCCGAACUGGUACGACAACUCGGGGUGGAACCAGCCGGACUCGGACCCAUGCUGCUACCUCAUUGCCGACGGCAGCUGUGUCUCGUGGUUUGGUGUACAGUGCUACAACAUCACCAUCCUCGCACCCAAUCUCAAGUACGAUCCGCCGUUUGUGGUCGACGGCAUCUUCAUCAACGCCAACGGGCUCAAGGGCGAGCUGACUUCCACCAUCUGCGAGAUCUCGUGGUUCCUCAACGAGCUGGCACUCGUCGACAUGCCCAUCACCGGCAGCCUCCCGUCGUGCAUCGCCCACUUGCCCAACCUGCACUUCCUCUACGUCUCGAGUCUCCACUUUGACCCGGCCCCGCUCCCGCCCUGGAUCGGUAGUAUGCACCUGAUCGGCCUCUCGCUCGCGUCCAACAGCUUUUACGGGCCUAUUCCUCACGAGUACGAAGCGCUUGCCCAGACUGCACUCAACGUGUUUGACCUCUCAGGCAACAACAUCAACGGGACUUUGCCGGCAUGGAUUGAUGACCUCCGCUGCGUCUCACUCAUCUCGCUCCGCUCCAAUGAUCUCACUGGCGGCAUCCGCGGCGGCAUCUUUCGUGCUCCGUUCAUUGCGCUUGUCGACUUUUCGCAGAACAUGCUCACGGGGACGGUGCCCGACACCUUUUCGGCCACCUCAUUUCUCGGCACGCUUGAUCUCUCGUUCAACUCGCUCAACGGAUCCAUCCCACCGUCGCUCGGCGUUGCACUCCAGGCCACGGCGAUGAAUGUGACUCUCACCGAGAACAACCUUGUCUCGGGUCUGGACGUCCUGUUCUUGCCCGGCUCGCGAGCAGUCACUAUCGACGUCUCGGCCAACGACCUCCGCGGCUCGCUGCCGCACCACAUGGACAACGCCGUCAACCUGACUUCGCUCAUUCUGCGAGCCAACGCGCUCAAUGGCACCAUCCCUUCCUGUCUAGGCAAGCUGCACAAGCUCCGUGUCCUCGACCUUUCCGACAAUGUGUUCUCGGCCAUUGAUCCAAACUGGCGCAUCUACGACAUGAACUCGCUCGAUUUUCUCUCGCUCCGGCACAACAUGCUCUCCACCGCCCCGCCACUUUUCUUUCUCAACGCUGGGCGCGACGCAAAUGGCAACCUAUUUUGCUCGUGGGUCUCGCCGCUCACCUUUGUCGACCUCUCGUCCAACCCGUUCUCCACUUUCGGCGCUCCGAGCCCGGUCUCCACUCGCGGCGGGGAGUGGCAGGCCGUCUGGGACGAUGCGGUGGCUGUCCGCGGCGUCGGCGCGCUCCCGCAUGUCAUGGGCGCUGCCGAGCCGUUCAUCACAGCCUCGCGGCACAACGGUAUGUACACCAUUUCCGAGCUCUUCCAAAGCCUCGUUGUCUCGUCGCUCCCCAACUCGCAGACACUAGUCUCUUGCAUCCUCACUGCCGGCGCAGUCAACAACCGCCUGCAGACUCUGGUCCUCUCUGACCUCGGUAUCGAGGGCGAGUUGCCGUCGCUCCUCUUCUCGGCCUUUCCCUCGCUCUCGCAUCUCGACCUCUCGCACAACCGCAUUUCGUCCAAGCUCCCGUCGUCGUCGGUCGUCUAUCCGUUCUACCUCCCAUACCCGCUCGAGUACCUCAAUCUGGCGAACAACAGCCUGACGGGCGACAUUCCCCUCAUCUUUGGCCUUGCGCUAGAGUCGAACCUGCGCUACUUUUCGCUGGUCAACAACAACAUGACCGCCGAGUCGGGUCAACUCCCGUCGUUCCUUGUCCCGACCUAUGACUCCCAGCUCGACUUUACCGACCAGCACUACUACUGCCCGUCGAUCCAGGAUCAGAACCUUCGGUCAACGGUUCUCGUCGACCCAACAUACUAUCGGCGGUCGCUCUGCCGCUGCGCCCAAGGUUACUUUGGUCGCGUUUUAGAGGAUGGCAGCGGGUGCAAACCGACGUACUCAUACUGUCAGAACUCGCGUGAGUGUGUCCUUCGCAGCAACGCCGCCUUUUCCAACGUUGUGGCGCCGCUCCGUGGCUACUGGCCGGCGCCCGCGCUUGACAACGCCACACUCUUUAUCCGUUGCUCCGACGUGCCGCAGCUCGAUGACACCAUUGCGUGCAACCCGCUCGGACCCAACGACCAGCGGAGCGCCCUUGAUGAGUUUGCCAAAGGCGUGCAGUGCAAGCCGCGGCCCGACGGCCCGGGCCUCUCGUGCAGCCCGCCUACAAGCGUCUGCCGACCGGGCUCCGAGGGCCGGCUCUGCUCGGUCUGCUCCGACGACUACUACAUGUCUCCCCAGGGCUGCAUCCCGUGCCCGCUCAGCCACCAGUCACUGGGGUGGACGGUCAUUUCGAUCCUGGCCACCUUGAUUGUGGUUGUCGUUGCCCUCCAGCUCCGUUCCCAAGAGACUUCCGGCCAUCGCCUCAAACUUCGCAGGCAGUUCCAUGAGGCACGGUCGAUCCGCGGCUUCUUCUCGACUUUUUGGCCCGAAAUGACGCAGGUCUUUCUCCUCUGGGUAUUGAUUCCGGUUGCACUCACGCCGUACGACCUCGACGGCAACGCGUCAGCGUUCAUCUACUCGAGUGUCUUUUUCUACAUGAUAUACUCGCUCCUGCGCAAGUCAAUUCCGCUCGAUCGCGCCGCGCGGCAUGCCGCCGAGCGUGAGACCCGCACACGCUCGAGCGACAUGCGGGCCCCGCUUCUCGGCUCGCUCAACGCGCCACGUGCAGGCGGUUCGGCCCGCUCGUCGGCGGCGGACCCGAACAAGUCCAUGGGUGGUUUCCUCGGCGACACGCCUGUCCGCGACGUCCAGCAAGUUCUCGCCGUCAGUCAAGGUCUCUUCAAGAGCUUUCUUGUCUUCUUCCAGACGCUGGCGGUCAUUACCGGGACUGUUCUCCCGCCGACGGAAACGCUCUCGUACCUGGUCGAGUUCAACAACCUCGUCAUCACCUCGCUCCGCAACAAGUGCCGCUUUCCGUCGUUCCACUACCAGUCUGGCUUUGCCGUCAUCAUGUGGGUGCCGGUUGUCGUCGCCAUCCUCCUCCUCAUCGCGCGAUGCGUCUCGUCGCUCUGGUUUGCAGUGGGCAAGCUUCGUGAGGCCUGGUCAGCCCGCGGCUCGACCGACGCGUCGACCCGCCGGAACGUCGCGUCGGCGCGGCAGGCGAUGCGGGCAAGUGCCAUGGGUCAGACCCUUUUCUCCACUGGUGUCCUCACCUUGUACAUCCUCUACUUUCCGCUCCUGGUCUCGUACUUCUCGCUGUUUUCAUGCUCGUCCGACCCUCUUACUGGUGUGAGCUACCUCCGCGCCGCGCCGUACAUUCGCUGCUGGGGUGGUGACGUCUGGUUGAGUAUGAUCAUUGUGGGAAGCACGCUUAUGGGCGUUUACACCCUCGCCCUGUUUGCCAUCUUCGGCCGCUUCCAGCGCCACAAGCGCCUCGGCCGCCUCAACCACAUCGACGUCCGCACCAAGUACUCGAUCCUGUACGACUCGUACCGGCCAGGCGCCGCCGGCUUUGAACUCAUUCUCACCGCCCGCCGCAUUGCCAUUGCUGCCGUCGUAGGUGUUGCACCGGUCACCUCGGCGUUCACCGCCGUCAACGUCGUUUUCAUUCUUGCCGGUGCCCUCGGCAUCCAAGGCUGGCUCGCGCCGUUCAACACCUCGCUCGGCAACCUGAUGGAGACCAUUUCGCUUGUUGCUCUCCUCUGCAUCUACAUUCUCUCGCGCUCCAUUCUGCGCCUCUUCUCGUCGAACGAUACUGCAGCUGUUGACCUUGACGGCAACGUGGAGGUCAACACCCUUGUGUCUCUUGUCCAGUCGCUCUCGUUCUUCACCAUCCUCCUGUACUGGUUCUUUGGCACGCUGCCCUUCCUCCGACUCAUUCCCUUUAUUCGCAAGCGCAACCUGCGCAUCAUGCGCCGCCUCGGCCUCGGCGUCCACUAUGACUCGAACGCUGCGUCGCCAGCGCUCCGUUCCGGCGCCACUGUCGUCGGCGCAGGCAUCCGUAACUCGUACCACGCCGCCACCGACGAAGCUGCCAGCAGCGAGCUUGGUGACGUCAACGGCAUGCCUGUUGUCGUGGCCAAGUCUGCUGUGGACACCGAGCCGCAAGGCUGCCUUUAA